CCAGCCAGGCCUUCAGGGGCCACCUGGCCCCCCCGGGCCUCCAGGUCCCCCAGUCAUCAUCCCACCCACUCCGCCAGCCGUGGGACAGUACCUGCCUGAGGUGGGACCAGGGAUAGACGGUGUCAAGCCCCCCUACGGCUACAUGGGCAAGAAGGGCAAGGCUGGCGGCGCCGUCUACGAGAUGCCCGCAUUCACGGCCGAGCUCCUCACCCCCUUCCCCCGGGUCGGGGUGCCCGUGAAGUUUGACAAACUCCUUUACAACGGCCGGCAGAACUACAACCCCCAGACGGGGAUCUUCACCUGCGAGAUCCCCGGCAUCUACUACUUUGCCUAUCACGUUCACUGUAAAGGGGCCAGCGUCUGGGUGGCGUUGUUCAAGAACAACGAGCCGCUGAUGUACACCUACGACGAGUACAAGAAGGGCUUCCUGGACCAGGCUUCGGGCAGCGCCGUUGUCCAGCUGAUGCACGGAGACAAGGUUUACGUUCAAAUGCCCUCCGAGCAGGCGGCAGGACUCUAUGCCGGGCAGUACGUUCAUUCGUCUUUUUCAGGAUAUUUAUUGUAUCCCAUGUAAAACAAAAACCAGACACACACACAUAGACACAAAAAUCAAAACCUUUCUUCUCUGCUUCAAACUUUUAUACCAUGAAAGAUGCAUUUUAUGACCGUUUUGGACCAUCUUGUACAAAUAAAAAAAAUAAAAAAAAUACAAAUUUUAACAUUAUGCACAGCUAGUUAUAAAAAA